UGCUCACCUGGAUUGGUUAAAAAUGUCGUAAAACUAAACAUUGUUGCUUCUUAUUUGCUAAUGUAAGGGCGUCUACUGUUUCAAGAACAAAACUAUGUCGUCUAUAUUCGCCACAGAGGAAAUUUAAUGAAGCCAAAUUCCUAUAACGAUGUAGUUUGCGAUGCUGAAGGAAGGUUGAACCUCAGGUCACUCAUGGAAGCAAAGGGGAACGUUGAAAAUGUCCAAUCCAGUUAAAAAAGUCAGACAAGGAGAAAAAUCCAGAGGAUUCCAGAGCAGCCAGCUGUUUUCCAGGGCAUCUCAUGAUCUCAGGAGGCUCCAGUCGCUGCUUGCCAGAGGCAUUCCCAGACAAGAGGUGGCAGCUCUGAGUCACGGUAAAGCAUGCAGCACUGGAGUCAGCAGAUCUCAUCGCCACCAUCCUCCAAAAGACACCAACAGACAGAGGAAUGAGAGCGACAUCAGCAGUGAAGCCUCUGAACUGGAAAAAUUCAGCAUCACAUACAGAGACCAAAGAUGCUUCAGCAGUCACCCACUGCAUAAACUCUUCUCAGACAUCCUUGAGUCUUUAGUCAAGAACAGACUCUGCAGUGACUGGAUUGACCAUGCACUGCCUGAAUCUGCCCUUAGAGUUCUGAUCUGCCUACGAUUAUUGAUCAGAGAUCCCCACCAUCAGAAAAUCCUGCAUCAGCUCCAAGGCAUCAAUUUACUUGCAAGGUAUAUGGAGCAUGUCACUGCCAUGUACAUAUCAUGCGGGGAACAGGCGUUUGCUGUGCAGAAGCUGGUCACAAUGACCUACAUGUUUCAGAAGCUGUCUGCCGCUGACGAUCAAAGGGCCUGGGUCAUCAAGAGCGGCGCUCACAGGACUCUGGUGAAGCUCCUCUCCACAACAGACAGCAGCGUGCUGCUGGGAGCCCUGCUGGCACUCACCACAAUGGCUGAGAGCCCAGAAUGCAAGGACGAGAUUGGCGAGCUACCCAUAGUGGAGAACCUACUAAUAAUACUCCAGGAGUACGACCUGCUGUCAAAGAGGAUGAGUGCGGAGCUGCUGAGGCUGCUGUCCCUGGUGUGGCAGGUGAGGGACCAGGUGAGGGAGCUGGAGGGUCUGCCGGUGCUGCUGAGCCUGCUGUAUGGACAUCACCUGAAGCUGCUGUGGAGCGUCGCCUGGAUCCUGGUCCAGCUCUGCGAGAACCCAGAUAUCAGGACGGAAAUCCGGAGAUGGGGUGGGGUGCAGCAGCUUCUCCGGCUGCUCCACAGUGACAGGCAGUACAUCUCUGACCGCUCGUCCAUCGAGACGCUUUCCAGCGCUAACGCAGCGGGCCGCAUCCACAGAGAGCACAUCAGAGAGGAGCUCAGCCCGCAGGAGGAGGGGGACAACACCAUGGCCCUGCAGUCAGCCUGCUGCACAGUUCUCACUGAGCUAAGUCUGGAUGACACAUCUGCUCACCACAUUGUGCAGGAAAAUGGGGUUUAUAUUAUCGCAAAGUUGAUUUUACCACACAACUCUGGAUCAAAAGUCACAUCUUUACAGUGCUAUGCAUUCCGGGCCCUUCGAUUUCUCUUUAGCAUGGAAAGAAACAGACAUCUGUUUAAGAGACUGUUUCCCACAGACCUCUUUGAGCUGUUUAUUGAUGUUGGACAUUAUGUGCGGGACCUCGCAGCCUACGAGGGACUGCAAACUAAAGUUUCAGUCUACGCUGAAGAUGAACUGGAAAGUCUGCGAGAGAGUAUUGAGACUGUGGACCAGAACCGACCUCCCCUUAAAGUCAUCAAUGGUUACUCCAUACUGGACCAUCUGGGCACCGGUGCCUUUGGAAGCGUGUUUAAGGUCCGGAAGCAGAUCGGUCAGAACCUCCUGGCUCUGAAGGAGGUGAACCUGCAUAACCCGGCGUUUGGCAAAGACAAGAAGUCCAGAGACAGCAACGUGGAGAAAAUCAUCUCCGAGCUCACGAUCGUCAAAGAACAGAUGACUCAUCCAAACAUUGUUAAAUAUUACAAGACGUUUCUGGAAGGCGACAAGCUAUACAUCGUGAUGGAGCUGAUCGAGGGAGUGCCGCUGGCUGAACACUUUAACUCUCUGAAGGAGAAGCAGCAGAAGUUCACCGAAGACAGAAUUUGGAAUAUAUUCAUUCAGAUGUGUCUGGCACUGAGGUACCUGCACAAGGAAAAGAGAAUAGUUCAUCGUGACCUCUCACCAAACAACAUAAUGCUGGGGGAAAAGGACAAAGUCACAAUCACUGAUUUCGGCCUCGCGAAGCAGAAACAGGAGAACAGCAAGCUGACGUCAGUAGUCGGCACCAUCCUUUACUCCUGUCCAGAGGUGGUGAAGAACGAGCCAUAUGGAGAGAAAGCUGACGUCUGGGCUUUGGGCUGCAUCCUCUACCAGAUGGCCACUUUACAGCCUCCGUUCUACAGCAGCAACAUGCUGUCACUGGCCAGCAAGAUCGUUGAGGCUGUCUACGAGCCGAUUGAAGAAGGAGCUUUUUCAGAAAGAGUCACAGACAUGAUCAGAUGGUGUUUGAGUCCAGAUUCAGACCAGCGGCCAGACAUCGUGGCCCUCAGCUCCAGGAUCUCUGACCUCAUGAUGAGGCUGAUGGAUGGCCUCUACACGUCCCAGAAUGCACUGGAAAGACGAGCAGACAGAGACAGAAAACGAGCGCAGAAGUACUUCCUGGAGAGGCACAAAAGCAGGACGGACUGCUGCCACUCAGACUUCUUUCAGGAAAAAAACUCAAUGAAGACUGAAACUUCAACUCCACGCUCUCCUGCAGCCUGCAGCUCAAACCACAGCGAGCAGAACAUCAGUCAAGAUGAUGCCUCAGAUGGUGAUGCUGAACCAUGUGACAUCGACACCACUGCCUUGAAAGGAAAGGGAUUUAAGUCCCCUGCUUGUGUUACACCCGAACAAAUUCAUUCUGGUGGGGAUUAUGCUGCUGCAAAGAUUAAACCGAGACCAGCGUCAGCAGGGCUCUGUGUCUCUCAGAAGAAGGUUCGGCAGAUCGAUGAUCCUAUUCAGAGGCUCCUCAUGCAGCUGCACAAAAUAAUCUACAUCACUCAGCUUCCACCAGCUCCGCACCACGACAUCAAACGACGAGUUAUCGAAAGAUUCAAAAAGUCUCUGUUCCACUUUGGGAGCGAUCCACACAACCUGAAAGUGGAGCUGAGCAAGCUCCUCCAGGCCUCUGCAGAACUGAUGGAGUUCAGCUCCACCAGUUCAGACUGGUGGCCUCUGGUCCACCACUUCACAGGAGACCCUCACACUGCUGACAGCACAGGUGAAGGGAAUAUCAAAGACGGAGUCACCUAUCAGCAGAUGCAGGGGAUCAUAGAGGAGCUGCUGGAGGAGAACAGCUACUAUAAAGCAACACACUGCAGGGCAGCAGAGAAAAGAAGUGACCUAGAAAACAAGUGACCAUCGUCUUUAUUCAUCCUCAGUUGUCACAGAGGAGGCUAAGAAAAAAACAUUUGCCUCAGCACAAAUGUAAUUAACCUUAAUUAAAAUCCUCUUUACACAUAAUUCAUGACAUAUUUGUAACAACUAAACUAACAUUUCCACUGUUGUCUUCCUGCAACAAGUUAAGUCUUGUAAGAAUGAGAUUCUUGGUUCAUUGGGGGGGAUUUUUCGUUGGUUAGUUUGUCGGUUGUCGGUCUAUUUACAGGCUUUUUUUUUGUCUGCACCUGUUAAUAAUAACUCACCUUGGAAAUCAGGAAAACUUGGACACAAAAAAAUAGGUUGAAAUUCCCCUUUAAUUUUCUGUCAAGCGACUGAUCGUUGCAGCUCUACAGCAGACACUUCAUUGGUUCUGUUUAACUCUCCUAACACAACAUAUGCUAAUUGCACGUACUUGUAAUGAAGAUUGCAGCUGAUUUAUGUGUAUUUCUGCCAGUUCAGCUCAUUAGAAGCUUCUCAUAUCAAAGUGAACUGGCCUGUCACUUGUAACAUUCAUUCACACACAGAAAAAACAACUGACUUCAGCUCCAACACUAUCCAGAGCUUUUUAUCUGCUUGUGUGAAGUUUCCUGUUAUUGUUUUUUCAGGUUUAUCUGAGUCUAGCACUUUAAAUUUCUCAGGAUCAGACUCAGCGGUUUAACCGUUUUAACUGCGGGACUGCAGAGCACAGCGUGUGUUUGAGAUGGCUGCCAGCCAAAUUUCCUCAAACAAACUGAUUGUCAACCAAAUCACAAUGUCUCACUGCUGCUUUACUCACAGCUUUCUAUAUUAACAUGCACUCAGAAAUGCUGUGACUAUUUAUCUAUAAUUCAGAUCCAAAAUGUACUUUUUGUAAGUAAUUCACUGAAUGUUUUCGCUGUCAGUUUGAAGAGGUGACAGCAGCUGAUGGGACGCUUUUUUAUGCACUUUGAUCCAAAAAAGGGAUUUGUCAGUUUAAUCUGUAUCAGGAAAAAAUAUUUUAAAAUGACACAAAAUAAAACUAUUUAAUACAGACGGUGUCUAGUGCAGAUCAUUUAUCACAAUAACAUAAAGUCUUGUUUUUUUUGCUAUGCUUUAAA